UCAUCCGUCCAUCCCCAUUACUUGCUUAAUUUAUUCACCCUUUUUCGUCUCUAAUACACUAGAGUUCUCUUUUGCGUUGUUUUGUCGUUGAAUUCUAAGUUGAAGGCCGUUUACUCUCUCUUUCUCUCUGCAUUUUCGUUUUCAUCUUCCUCUCCCAAUCUCCGUCAAUUGAAUCUCAAAACCAAACCACUCUUCUUUCAAUCCACAUUGAGUCCCACAUUAUCAACCACUCUACACACAAUGGACACAGUGUUGGUGCCGCCAUGGCUUGAGCCAUUGCUGAAAACACCGUUUUUCAAUAUGUGCCGGAUUCACGCCGAUGCGGCCAGAAAUGAGUGUAACAUGUAUUGUUUAGACUGCAACAAUGGCGACGGCGCCUUCUGCUUUUAUUGCCGUUCUUCACGGCACAAAGAUCAUCCGGUCAUUCAGAUAAGAAGAUCAUCUUAUCACGAUGUAGUGAGGGUGUCAGAGAUUCAGAAAGUGUUGGACAUAAGUGGAGUACAAACAUAUGUGAUAAACAGUGCCAGAGUUUUGUUCUUGAAUGUGAGGCCUCAACCAAAAUCUGGGAAAGGAGUAGCUCACAUUUGUGAGAUUUGUGGAAGGAGUCUCUUGGAUUCAUUUAGGUUCUGUUCUUUGGGAUGUAAGCUUGAAAGAAUAAAGAAAAAUGGAGAUGCAAGCUUUGCCAUGGAGGGGGGUAAGAAUGAAGCAAUGAGAAUGGAGGGGGUAUCAAGUAGUAGAUCAGAAGAAGAAUUGCGUGAAGGCUCAACACAAGAUAUGUAUCCAGUCACGCCUCCUCCACCUCCUUUAAAUGCAAGAAGAAGAAAAGGUAUUCCUCAUAGGGCACCUUUUGGUUCUUCUUCAUUCUAAUGAAUCAAAAUUGGUACAUAUUCAAAUUUCAAUUUACAAUACAAACCCUAUUUGGUGGGAAAAAAAGAACCUAGUUAUUAUUAUUUUAUAA